AUGAAACCUUCUGGACUGAGCCAGAGCUUAAUAAAAGCUCAUGAGAUUAGUCAAGGGGUUGAUAAGUCAUCAUCGGUACUUAGCGAAUAUAAAAAUAAAGUUGAUCAGAACUUGCGCAUCAAAGAAAAAUGCAUUGAAUUACAAACUCAGCUUAAAAUGACAACAGAACAAUUAGAAUUACAAGCCACAGAGUUUUCAUUCCAGAAAAAUGAACUAUUAUCUCAAAUUGAAAGUUUAAAAUCAAUCGAAUCUGAAUUAAGAAAAAAAAUUUUUGAAUUGACAAGUGAAAAGAACAAAACCAUUAAACAAUAUGAGAUUAAGCUUCAACAAACAGUUUCUGAUCACGAAAAAGAGCAAAAAGAAUCUCUAGAACAAUAUAACUCCGAUAUAGAAAAAUUACGAGCGGAAAAUGUUGCAUUACAAGUGGCCCAAGAAGUCAUUGAUGCAGAAAAUAGGCGUUUAAGUCGUCAAAAUGAAGAAUUAAUGGGCCAUGUUCAAAGUCAAAAUGAAAUUGCAAAUAAGCGCAUAGAAGUCGUUAAAGGACGUUUAGAUGGUGAUAGUGCACUCAUUUCAUCAUUACGACAACAGAUAAUUGAUAUUACUAAAAAAUAUGAUGGACAAGUUGCUGAUUUACAGUCCAAAGUUCUUGAAGAACAGACUAAAUCAGAGUUACAUCUAGGAAAUCCUCAACUAUGUGAAGAAAAAGUCAAAAAUCUUGAGAAUCAAUUAAAUUUAUUACGUAAAAACAAUACAGACCUUUCAAAUGACGUAAUACAGAAAACCAAUCAAAUAUCUUCACUUACAUCAUUAAUUGAUCAACUUAAAAACGAUAAAUCCGUUCUUGAAAUUACUGCAAAUAAAGAUCGACAAAUUGCUGCCCAUGCUACUAAUAAACUUAAUGCUCUUGACUCCAUAUCAUCAUGCUCUAGCAUUAACAGACAGAGAAUUGAUCUAAUGAAGGUUUUUGUUGAAGAAUUUAAUUCACUUCACAAACAAAUCAAAAUGAACAGAGAUAUCAAACUCAGAGAUGUAAUUCUAUCAGUUGUAUUUGCUUUCAAGUGGUUCCACUCUCUAAAUAACGAAGUAAUUGCAAAUACAGGCGGAUUAGGCUAUUUUAAGUCGAAUUCGAAGACAACUUUGAUGGAUUUGUUCAAAAGAGUUAAUUCAGAGAUGGAAUACGUCAAAGCAUCGAAUGCAGCGACUACUAAAGAGAAAGAUUUGAUUUCUAACAAAUUAGAAACAGUUAAAACGAAAUCAAGAAAGAAAAAUGUUGAAAAUGAAGCUCAGGCACUCGAAUUGAAGACAAUGAUAAAGUGCAACAAGAUGCUGCAUAGACAUAUGACAAUAAUACUUCCAGACUAG